UUUGGACAAUUGUGGCUUGUAUAAGAAAAUUCCUCGACCGGAAAGGCCAACUCCUGAUAGAACGGCCAGUUUCACAUUUUCCAUGGCGGCGAUCACGACGUCGUACCAAGGGCUCGAGAGUCCGCGCCAAGCAGUCGCGGACGUCAAGGCCGGUGGACACCCACUGGAUGCUGCUGGAGCCUUUGGCAAGUCCAUCUUCGCAUGGUGUAACCCCCUCGUGUCGCUGGGCAACUCGCGGCAGCUCGCACCGACUGACAUUUGGGGUCUCCAGGACUGCAACAAGGUCGGCCCCCUGCUGCAGCAUUACCUCGGUGUGUACGAAGCGAACAACAAGGGUCUGCUGAAGGCGUUCUUUUCUAUCUACAAGUGGAAGCUCGUUUUGAUCGCGAUCAUGCAAGCCGCGUUGACAGGAUGCAACUUGUUCGGGCCGGCGUACGUGUUGCCCCAAGUGAUUGCGUCAGUGGUGGCGAAAGACUGGGCCCGCGGCACGCUGCUGGCCGUCGCGUUGUACGCCGUUCAAAUGUUCGGGUCGUUCCUGUCCGUGCACAUGACGUUUAUGAACCAAGUGAUCGGGAUUCAAUUUACCGCGUGCCUUCGUUCGAUGCUGUUCGAAAAGUCGCUCAAGCUGAGCGCCAAGUCUCGCAAGUUAAAGACCGCGGGGGAUAUUGCCAACUUGUUUUCGGUCGACGUCGUCAACGUGAUGGCGCUUCCGUUGAACCUCAACAUGGCGUGGAUUGUGCCGAUCGAAGUCGGCGUGACGCUGUACCUGAUCGAGCGCCAAGUCGGGUGGGCGAUCUGGGUCGGAUUCCUCGCGCUCUUUGUGCUAUUGAUCUUGACGGGCGCCGUCGGUGCAUUUGCCGGCAAGGCGCAGCGCCUCAUUUUGACGUGCAAGGACGACCGGAUGAAGGUUGUCAACGAGAUCUUUGCCGCCAUUCAGAUCGUCAAGUUUAAUGCGUGGGAAGAAAAACUCGUCGCAAAGGUCCGCGCGCUGCGCGAAAAGGAGCUGGGAGCGCUCUGGUUCUUUAUCAAGACGAUCUUGAUCCUCAUCACGUCGAUGAACACAACGCCGGUCUUGAUCACGGUCGUCGUGUUCGCCACGUACGCGCUGUGGAUGGGCCAGCUCCUCACGGUCUCGAUCGUGUUUACGACUCUCGCGCUCUUCGACAACCUCCGCGUCGCGUUCAUCGCGAUGCCCAUGGUGUUUGUGUCAACGAUUCAAGCGCUCGUGUCUGUCAAGCGGAUCGACGAAGUGCUCGGGAUGGACGAAGUCCACGUGGAAAACGUUGUCGGCCCGUCGACGACUGCCGUCGACAAAGACCUCGUCCAGGCGUGCGCGGCCGCCAACUCUGCCAUUCACAUUGCAAACGGAUCGUUUGGCUGGGACAAGGAGAACCCUCUCUUUGCCAACUUGAACUGGACCGUCAAGCAAGGCGAGUUUGUUGUUGUCCACGGCGCCGUCGGUAGCGGCAAGUCGUCGCUGUGCUCGAUUCUUGUCGGCGAAAUGGACAAGUAUGACGGGACGGUCUUUGUGAGCGGCCGCGUCGCGUACUUUACCCAGCAGUCGUGGAUUCAAAACGCUAGCAUCCGGGACAACAUUUUGUUUGGACGGCCGUAUGACCGCGUCCGGUACCAGACCGUCCUGAACGCGUGUGGCUUGACCAAAGACAUUGCGUCGUUUGCGGCCAAGGACCGCACCGAGAUCGGCCUGAAGGGCGUCAACUUGUCCGGCGGUCAAAAGGCCCGGGUGAGUUUGGCGCGCGCGUGCUAUGCCGACGCCGACGUGUACAUUUUGGAUGCGCCGCUGUCGGCUGUCGACGCGAUCGUGGCCAACGAGAUCUUCACCAAGUGUUUCCAGACCCUGCUCAAGCACAAAACGAUCGUCCUCGUGACGCACAACACCGACAUCAUCGAAUCGACGGCCAUUGACCGGUCGUUCCUGCUCGACAACGGCAAGCUGACCGAGACCACGCCGUCUGGCCAUGUAAAGCGGCAAACCGGUGAUGCUGAAGUCGUGCCACUGACGGGCCGACCUCAAUUAUGGGACGACUUGGAAGUAGUGGCUGAUGCUUCUCAGGCACGGCCGCAUGACUUGCUUCUCACGCCGACGGCUCAGUCGCCGUACGUGUUCCAGCACGGCGAACCGUUGGCGAUCUUCACCCCCCGCGCCGGCAACGAAUCUGCGCAUGGCCAAGAAUCGUUGACGGUCGAAGAAGAACGAGCUGAAGGCCGCGUUUCCAAGGAGGUCGUGCUGUCGUACGUACAAGCAAUUGGCGGGUGGACAUCCGUGGCCAUCAUGCUGCUCGCAACCAUCGCGACGGAAGCGACGCGACUGAACGCAGACUUGUGGCUGACGGGCUGGACGGAGGAGAGCAAUGCAGUCGGGGCGGCCUCCAAGUCUGUGCAACAGGUCAAGGACGACUCCAACUACAACAUGAUGGUGUACGCGAUCUUAGUCCUGGCAACCUGUUUCGUGACGAUCUUUCAGUUUGGGAUCGUUCUCGGGUAUGGUCUCCGUGGGUCCCGCGUCCUCUUUGAACGGAUGCUGGCCGGGCUCAUUGCGGCCCCCAUGCGCUUUUUCGAUUCGAACCCGAUCGGUCGCAUCCUCAACCGUUGUGGCGACGACGUGUUCCAAUGCGACAUCAUGCUCCCCAUGUCGUUUGCGCCGAUUCUGGCCCAGACUGCGACUGCGUUGGCCAAGUUGGGACUGAGCGUAGCUGGUAUCAAGUGGAUGGCUCUGCUCCUGCCACCCCUCGGCUUUAUCUACGUCAAGCUUGGUGCGUACUACCUGAUGCCACUUCGCGAAGUCAACCGGAUCAAAAAAGUGACGCUGUCGCCCCUCCUGAGUCUCGUCAGCGAAGGCGUCGACGGCGCCGUGGUCAUUCGUGCGUUCGGCGACAAGUACCGGCGUCGGUUCUACCGCUUGCAUGACGUCGCAAUUGAAAACUACUCGGCGGCAACAUUCACGAGCGACGCACUCAACCAGUGGUUUGCUCUGCGCGUCGCGUUUGUGUCCAACUCGAUCGUGUUUUGCCUCGUGUUGGGGUUGGUCGUCAUGGCGUCGUCCGUCUCGCCCGGGCUAGUUGGUCUCGUCUUUGCGUACGGACUCACGAUUCCAACCAACUUGGCGCAACUCGUCAACAUGUGGGCUAACCUGGAAACGGCGCUGAUCUCGCCCGAACGCCUCAACGAGUACGCGAUGCUCCCGAUCGAAGGCGCGCGAGAGACGCCAGUGGACCAGACCGAAUGGCCGGUGCACGGACGCCUCACGUACGACAACGUGAGCUUUCGGUACAAGGCCGACGACCCGCUCGUCCUCGAGAACGUAACGUUUGACGUAGCCGGUGGCGAAAAGAUCGGAAUCGUUGGUCGCACGGGGGCCGGCAAGUCGAGCUUGAUGAUGACCCUGUUCCGGAUCAAUGACGUAGCGUCGGGGUCGAUUUCGAUCGACGGUGUCGACAUUGCGACCGUCGGUCUCAAGCGCCUCCGAUCGUCGCUUGCGAUUAUUCCGCAGAACCCCGUGCUGUUCAAGGGCACGCUGCGCAACUACAUGGACCCGUUCGACGAGUUUUCGGACGACCAGCUCUGGGACGCCCUCCGGAAAGUCAACCUGACGGACCGCAUCCGAGUUUCGGACGACAAGCUCGAGCAGCAUGUCGAAGAAAACGGCGAAAACUUUAGCGUGGGCGAACGUCAAAUGCUGUGCAUGGCCCGUGCGCUUCUCCGUAACGCCAAGAUCGUCGUGCUGGACGAAGCCACGGCGGCCAUCGAUCACGCAACGGACCAGUUGUUGCAAAAGGUCAUCCGUGAAGAGUUUGCGUCGUCCACGGUGCUCACGAUUGCCCACCGCCUCGACACGGUCUUGGAUUACCACCGUAUUUUCGUGUUCGACGCUGGACGACUCGUGCAGUGCGACACCCCCGCCGCGUUGGUCAAGCAAGAACGCGGCAUCUUUUACGACAUGAUCACUGAAGGCGGGUACACCGACCGCGUCCAAGUGUAGCCGUCGACCCGAUCGGGGACGACAGACGUUCCUCGUGCCAUUCGACGGAACGACCCUCGUGGGAACGUAGUUACAUGUCGUUGCGAUACCGGACCCCUUGUUCCGUCGAUGCUGCUCUCGUUUGAGGUUGCCCAAGUGGGGUCGCCAUGUUUCUUCUCGUGGUGGAAAUUCAUCGUCGUCAUGCAUUUCAACUUACUGUUAGUCCAUUCUUCUUUCUAAAAAUAACACGAAAAAAAUGCCAACGG